AUGGCUUUCUACAAAGUGAUCUGUGUGGCGACUCUGCUGACUCUCCUGACACAAGAGUCUCAGUCACAGCUAGAUGUUUGUGGCACUGCGCCGCUCAACACCAGGAUCGUAGGAGGGACGAAUGCUCCUGCAGGGUCGUGGCCCUGGAUGGUCAGUCUGCACAGGAGCGGAGGUCCUUUCUGUGGAGGCUCCCUGAUCACCAACCAGUGGGUCCUGACUGCUGCUCACUGUUUCAACAGGCCCACACCCAGUCUCGUCGUUUACCUCGGCCGUGACUCCCAAGACUUACCAAAUUUAAACCAGGUGUCCCGGACUGUGUCCCAGAUCAUUGUAAAUCCGAACUAUAAUAACAAAACAUUAAAUAACGACAUAGCCUUGCUGCAGCUGUCCUCACCUGUUACCUUCACCGACUACAUCAGACCCGUGUGUCUGGCGGCGGACGGCAGUGUCUUUAACAACGGGACGACCUGCUGGGUCACCGGAUGGGGGAACACCCAAAGUGACGUUUCACUUCCUUACCCACGGCAUCUGCAGCAGGUGAGCGUUCCCGUUGUGUCCAACCGUGAUUGUAACGCGGCCUACGGUUUAAUCACAAGCAACAUGAUGUGUGCCGGUUUCAAACAAGGAGGAAAGGACUCCUGCUACGGGGAUUCAGGCGGCCCGUUGGUGAGUAAAACCGGCUCUAUCUGGGUCCAGGGUGGAGUGGUGAAUUUUGGAGAACCCUGUGCUCUGGCCAACUUCCCAACAGUCUACGCCCGAGUGUCCCAGUUUCAGUCCUGGAUCAACAGCCAGAUUACCACCAACCAGCCGGGCUUCGUCGUCUUCACGGGCAACGGUUCAACCUCUGAAACAACUUCAUCCGCUCACCUGGUUUCCUUCUCGUCUCCUCUGCUGCUGUCCAUCUUACCUGUUCCCUUCUCCCUCUUUGUCCUUUCAUAGGACGUCUAGUUGAUGUCACUUAAAGGCUCAGUGUCUGGCCACCGCAGCUUCUCCUGCUCGCUUGAAAAGGGAGCGGGGUGUGGUGACUGAUUCAUGUGGUGUUGGAAAAAUCUGAUUUUUUAUUCAGUUUAAAUCUUUAUUGCAAAAAGGAGGAAUAAAGAGUACAUUGGACAUAAAGAAGUAUCCAGAACAGUUAACAAAUAUUUAAGAAAAAUAAUAAAAACUUUGCAAGUGGUAGUCUACAUUGUAUAAAGAUUUUAAAGGAUAUGUUGACAGUUUUCUGUUUUUUUGUUGUUGGAUUUAGAAAUUAAAUUGAAAUGAUGUUCAACCUCAGGGAGGAAAAGUACAGAGUUUGUUUUUUACUGCUAAAUUUACAAUUGCCAUUAGAAUUAAUACAUUUAUUUAUUAUUAAGUACUUAUUUUGUCUGAGGAGCAAGUGAAUGCACAUUGAGCCAUUGGUUACAAUUUGGAGCCCUCACCACUAGGUGCCACUAAAACGUACACAUUGAACCUUAAUAAGAUGCCUAGUUAUACUUUUGAUUGGACUAUUUUUAUUAUUAAUUGAUAAACAGAAAUAUCUGUAAGCAUGUUAAAAUUAAUGUUAUUUAACAAAUUAAU